AUGGGAAGCAACUUUGUCGGAUCCAAUAAUCUCUUGAGAUCGAUUAAUUGUAAUACCAUUGAGAUAGAAGCCGCCACAAACAAGAUGAAUUGGAAGUUCAGUCCACCCGCAGCACAAUGGUGUGGCGGCUUUUGGGAACGACUUGUUCAAAUGAUUAAGAAGCUUUUGCGUCGAUUCCUAGGCCAGUCAUGUCUGAAUUAUGAAGAAUUGAUGAGUGUGCUGUGCGACUGUGAAGCAACCGUGAAUGCCAGACCACUCACUUAUAUGUCAGAGGACUCAGAUGCUCUCGUCCCUUUGACACCGUCCUUGUUUUUAGGUGAAAUUUCAGUCUUUGGAGUUCCUGACUUGGAUCAUCUUGAUACAGUUGAUUUCAACAAGAGACUGAGACAUUUACAAAAUCUACGAGAGCUCUUGAGAAAAAGAUUUAGGAAUGAAUAUCUCGGCCUGCUAGUGCAACGUCCAACUACAGUGCCGAUUUCUCAACAGAUAAAAGUCGGGGAUAUAGUUCUUAUCGAAUGUGAUGACAAACGCAAGGUGUUGUAG